GGACGCGGGAUGGCGGCGGCGGCGGCGGAUGAGGCGGCGGCGCGCGACGUGCAGCGGCUGCUGGUGCAGUUCCAGGAUGAGGGCGGGCAGCUGCUGGGCUCCCCGUUCGACGUGCCCGUGGACAUCACCCCGGACAAGCUGCAGCUCGUGUGCAACGCGCUGCUGGCCCAGGAGGAUCCUUUGCCACUGGCUUUCUAUGUCCACGAUGCCGAGAUCAUCUCGUCACUGGGGAAGACGCUGGAGUCCCAGGCAGUGGAGACAGAGAAGGUCCUUGACAUCAUCUACCAGCCACAGGCCAUCUUCAGGGUCCGUGCUGUGACCCGCUGCACUAGCUCUUUGGAAGGUCACAGCGAGGCGGUCAUUUCUGUGGCUUUCAGCCCCACAGGAAAGUACCUGGCCAGUGGCUCCGGAGACACCACUGUGCGCUUCUGGGAUCUCAGCACCGAGACACCGCAUUUCACAUGCCAGGGACACAGACACUGGGUGCUUAGCAUAUCCUGGUCCCCAGACGGCAAGAAGCUGGCCUCAGGCUGCAAGAAUGGCCAGAUUCUCCUCUGGGAGCCCCUCCAUGCGAACCCGGCGUGCCGCUAUGUGGCCAGCAGCUCCAAGGAUGGCAGCGUGCGGGUCUGGGAUACAACUGCAGGCCGCUGUGAGCGCAUCCUCACCGGGCACACGCAGUCAGUCACCUGUGUCCGGUGGGGAGGGGACGGGCUUCUCUAUUCUGCCUCCCAGGACCGCACCAUCAAAGUCUGGAGGGCUCAUGAUGGUGUGCUGUGCCGGACUCUGCAAGGCCACGGCCAUUGGGUGAAUACCAUGGCACUCAGCACUGACUACACCCUGCGUACAGGCGCCUUUGAGCCCGCCGAGGCCUCGGUUAACGCCCAAGACCUCCAAGGGUCCUUGCAGGAGCUGAAGGACGGGGCUCUGAGGCGAUACAACCUGGUGCGGGGCCAGGGCCCAGAGAGGCUGGUGUCUGGCUCAGACGACUUCACCUUAUUCCUGUGGUCCCCAGCAGAGGACAAGAAGCCCCUUGCACGGAUGACGGGACACCAGGCCCUCAUCAACCAGGUGCUCUUCUCCCCUGACUCCCGCAUUGUCGCCAGUGCCUCCUUCGAUAAGUCCGUCAAACUGUGGGACGGCAGGACGGGCAGGUACCUGGCUUCCCUGCGUGGCCAUGUGGCUGCUGUGUACCAGAUCGCGUGGUCAGCCGAUAGCCGGCUCCUGGUCAGCGGCAGCAGCGACAGCACGCUGAAGGUGUGGGAUGUGAAGGCGCAGAAGCUGGCUGCGGACCUGCCAGGCCAUGCAGAUGAGGUGUAUGCUGUCGACUGGAGUCCAGAUGGCCAGAGGGUGGCAAGUGGUGGCAAGGACAAAUGCCUCCGGAUAUGGAGGAGAUGAGAAAUCCCAAGUUCUCUGGGACCCCCACCUGGACCUGCCGCUGCCAGCCACCUGCCCUGACACAGACCCAAGGCCAGGGUGGUGACCCUGCAAAUGAGCAUGGCCUGCUGCCCUUGAACAGCCCCCAGUGGGGUCCCUCCCCAGAGCAGGAGAGCGGAGGUCACGGGGGACUACCAGUGAGCUCAGCCGUUGGCUAUCACUCUGUACCUCGCUGGUGGUGGGGGGCCACGCAAUGACUGGAGCCCUGCUGCUGCCCCUUCUCCUUUCCUAAGUGUUCUUUUUACUCAGCGUCAGACCCGAGAUUCUGUGACCAAAU